AUGAAGUAUAUCAUGUACUUGACUGGGCAGCAUCCCCUCGUUCCCGAGCCAGCUCUGGUUGCGGAUGUGAGUCACGUGGCUCUCGCAUUCAUGAGUACAUCUAUCUUUAACAACCCUGGGCAACAAGAGUGGCCGCUUUUCACCACGGUCGAUAAAGUACGUGAAAAAUUCGCACAAGACACUAAAAUCCAGAUCGCGAUUGGCGGCUGGGGUGAUACCACCGCAUUUUCUCGUGCAGCACAAUCAGAAGCUAAUCGCAAGCUCUUUGCAAUGAACGUUGCCGUGAUGCUGGAAAUGACUGGCGCAGACGGCGUAGAUGUUGACUGGGAGUAUCCUGGAGGAAACGGUGAAGACUACAAAACACAUCCCAAUGAAGAGAAGGAAUGGGAAAUAGACGCAUAUGCGCAACUUCUGGCUGAGAUCAGAACGGCAAUUGGGCCGGAAAAGAUAAUCUCUGCUGCUGUUCCUGGGUUACAACGAGAUAUGAUCGCAUUCAAUCCGUCCACUAUACCGAAGAUCAUGGAGUCUGUGGAUUUUCUGAACGUCAUGACGUAUGAUUUGAUGAACCGAAGGGACAACGUUACAAAACAUCAUACCGGCCUAGCUGAAUCUGUCCAAGCACUUGACGCGUAUAUCGAGCGCGGGUUUCCAGCUGAGAAGAUCAAUCUCGGUCUUGCAUUUUAUGUAAAAUGGUUCAAGACUGCCGAAGACGGACAUUGUGAUAAGUCUCCCUUGGGGUGCAAAACCGAACUCAUGGAAGACCCAGACACGGGUGGAGAUUUAGGGAAAGCGGGUGCUUUCUCAUGGCAUGAUGAGGUACCGACGGAACUUGUGAAAUCGUUCAGCAAGGCGUUGAAGCAUGGAGAGUAUGACCAGGUUGGUGGGGGUCAUUAUUACUGGGACGAGGAAGAGAGGUUGUUCUGGAGCUGGGAUACAGCUGAGGCUAUUGAGCGAAAAUUGAAGACUGCAUUUGACAUGAGAAGGAUUGGUGGCGUAUUCGCCUGGGGCCUUGGAGAAGAUGCGACAGAAUUCAGGCAUUUAAAGGCCGCAAACAAGGAGGUGCGGCGCUUGAUGGAGGAAAGGACGGGUGAAGAGAGGGAGAGGCCAGAGCGAAGUGAGCUUUGA